AUGAUUUUUGAUACAAUUAUAGGUAUAAUAUUCAACAAUCCUUUAUCAAGCCAGAGCCAAUGAUGGAUUAUUGCUUUGUGAAGUACAAUCUAAUGAAAAAGUCUAAUUAAGUUUAGAAGUCAAAAGAUAAGUCAAAUUCAUAUUAAAACGUGGCAAUCUAUUAUCAGAUGUCUAAUAUCAAUAAUUGGAUUCUCAAUAAACCAAUGUUAAGGGUAUUCUACAAUUCUCUAUUACAAGCUGUUUACAAAACUUCAAUAGGCGUUUGUUAUGUAGUCUUUUAUGAUCCUAGUCUUAAUCUCAAAUUAGCUUGUUGUUAUCUUGAUGAAAUUGAAAAAGGAUUUCAAGAUGUAACUCUAUUACUUAAGCUAUAGGAAUUAUAAAUUAGAUAUGGCACUUCUAAUGUUAAUUAUCGAUCUAAAUUAGAAACCAUUGAAAGCAAUGAUUCAUAUUGCUUUUAAUAAUUCGGUAUUUAUAUAUUCUUAUUUCAAACUUAGAAAGAUUUAUUAAAAAAAAGAAACAAGAAUUUCAAGAUUAAUCAUCCUCUAAAAAUUUAGAAAGAUUGAAAAUGGAAAUGACAGAACUCAAAAAAAUUAUGAAUGAUAAUGUUAAAUUACUCUUUGAUAGAGAUGAAAAAUUGCAAGGUUUUUAUCUAAUUGCUUAUUUUUAGACAUGAAUGAAAAGGCUAAAUCUUUAAAAGAAGAUUCUAAAUUAGUAAAAUUUACAUUCAUUAUUUUUUCAGUUUAAAGAUAAAGCUGCAGAGUUAGAAUGGUCUAUUUGGUUUAAAAAAAAUUCUGUUUGGUUCAUUUUUGGAGGAUUUCUGAUGAUCUUCUUAUUUUUCAAAAUUUAUUGAAUACAAUAAUAUGCUUUUGUACAU